AUGCCACAUCUGCGCUCGCACGGACCACCACCACCAGUCAAGCAGUCAUCAUCUCAAUUGGGCCAAGGCCCUCAGGUUGCUUCGUCAUCCUUUUCUCAUUUUCCCAACUUUGAUUCCACCCCAUUACCCACCCCACCUCCCACACCACCACCUUCGCCAAACCGUUCACCUAAAACUUCACCCAAGGUUUCCCCACCCAAUAGUCCUACUUCUAGUACCUCUAGUAAUCCAGAAAACUUAGAACCAAUGGCCAACCCUAGGCAAACCGUCCAUCAGCAAGCCACCCAAAAUUUCACCGGCCUCGCUUCACCCAUCACCGUCCCACCGAUAGUUAAUGAAAAUUCAUGGCAAAUUCCAUCUUAUGCCAUGCAGGCCAUCAUCAAUAGUAUCCAAUUCCAUGGCCGAGAUGAUGAGGACGCCCCGGCCCACAUUAACCAUUUCUCUAGGAUGCUAGCUACCUUUAGCCUUAGCGGUGCACCCAACGAUGCCACCUACUUACAGCUUUUCCCGUUUUCAUUAGCCGGCCGUGCGGCUACUUGGUUGCAAUCUCAACCAACCGGUACCUUUACCACUUGGGCGGGGCUUCGUCAAGCCUUUUUGAAUAAGUAUUUCCCGCCCUCUAAGGCCUCACGGCUUAGAGACGAAAUCCACUCUUUCCGCAUGGGGCCCGACGAGCCUUACUACCUUGCCUGGGAGCGUUUCCAAAACCUUUGUGCUCGUUGCUCCCAGCAUGGUCUUUCUGAUUGGGCUUUAUGUGAGAAAUUCUAUAAUGGUCUUACCCAAGAGACUAGAGAUAGGUUCGAUACCAAUGCGGGGGGGCAUAUGAUGGGUAUUCUUACAGUUGCAGAGUGUCUAGAGCGUUUUGAGUCGUUUGCUCAGUCUCAAUCCCAAUCGCGUUCCGAUCAGAGGUAUCAAAGUGGUAAUUCUAAUACCACUACUAGUGCACCCACCCGUGGGGUAAACCAUGUCACCAUGGACCCUAGUUUAGCCUCUGUUUUGGAAAACAUGAAUAGGCAACUUAACGAAAUUAAGGCUAAGGUAGACAAAUGUGAGUAUUGCCGAGGGGGUCACGAUACGAAUGCGUGCCCAUUGCUUGUAGGAGAGGAGCAGGUAGACUACUUAGGAGGAGGUUUUGGUAGAGGUCAGUCUAGUGGUUUUGGGGGUAAUAACAAUUUUGGGUCGGGUUGGCGUAAUAAUAAUAAUAACAUGAAUAAUAACACUUUUCGCCCAAAUGGACCUCCUGGCUUUCAAAUGGCUCAAAACCCGAAUAGGGGCCAAAAUUCACUCUUUGGUGGGGGUUCAACUGGGCAGUUCAACAAAGGGUUCAAUGGGCAGGUCAAGGAUGGGUGGUCAAACACUCAGGUUCAAACAGGUCAAGGUUCAAGUUAUGACCUAGGAGGUAGUCUAGAACGAAUGGAGUCCAUGAUGAGUCAACUAAUUGUUAGAGACCAAACUACCCAAAAGACCUUAAGUGAACAUGACCUUUUGCUUAAAAACCAUCAAGCUUCGUUUCAGGACCUUCAACGAGUUGUAGGGGAUAUGUCUAGGAAGCUAGAAGAGAGGUUACCCGGUCAGUUCGCAGCCAUUACCACCCGUAGUGGCAAGACCGUAGGAAACCCUAGAGUCGAGGAGAGAGUAGUUGAUGAGGAAGGGGAUGUGAUAGAUGAGGAGAUUGAAAUGGAGGCUCCCGGCAAAGUGCAAAACAGGCUAAGCCCAGCAAGUACCGCACAGCCCGGUGAGUCUCAAGGUGAGAAGAAAGUCGAAAAAACACCGAUAGAUGUGAGACCUUCACCCUUAGUGAACCAUGCGUAUGUCCCGUUUCCCUCCCGCCUUAAGAACCAAAAAUACUCUAGGGAAUACGGGCAGUUUUUGGAUAUCUUCAAGCAAUUGAAAAUAAACCUUCCCUUCAUUGAGGCACUCCAAUCAAUGCCCAAAUACGCUAAGUUUUUGAAGGAUCUCCUUAGGAACAAAGAAAAAUUAGGAGAGUUAUCCAACGUCCCGUUGAAUGGGGGAUGUUCCGCCGUUGUGCUAAAUAAGCUUCCCGAAAAGCUUACCGAUCCGGGUAUUUUCACCAUCCCUUGUCUAUUCGGUAGUAAUACCAACACUCGAGCCUUAGCCGACUUAGGAGCUAGUAUCAACUUGAUGCCCUUUUCUCUUUAUGAGAAACUAGACCUAGGAGAGCUUGCACCUACCCGAAUGACAUUGUCUUUAGCCGAUCGGUCCGUUAAGUACCCUAGGGGUAUAGUUGAGAACUUGUUAGUUAAGGUAGACAAAUUUGUGUUUCCUGCCGAUUUCGUAAUUCUAGAUAUGGAAGCGGAUGAGAGGGUUCCCAUUAUACUAGGUCGUCCUUUCUUACGUACCGCCAAAGCACUCAUAGACGUCUACGAUGGUAAAAUCACCCUUAGGGUCGGUGAGAGAGAGUUACUUUUGAGAUAG